AAUCGUUCCUAAUGUUUCCCCCUUAUGAACUUCUAGUGGGGGGUUCAAGCGUCCUCCGGUUAACGAAUCUCGAAUGAUGUAUGUAGUACAGCGUGGGUGUAUCGUGAUGGCUUGUAAAUAACUGUAACGUUUGCUGUGUUGUGGUUGGUGUCUUUUGUGUUCAUGUUUUGUGCUUGUGUCAAAGAAAGCAAGUAUUUUAAAUGUUGUGUCUGCUGGAACUGAUUAAAAGCGCUGGAGCAGCUGGUAGCUACUAAGAAUCUUUACAUAACACUCGCCAAAAGUUAUAAUAAAAAUAAGAAAUUAAUCAACAGUACAAAAUACUACUUAUAUUUGAUGGCUUCUGAAGGUGGCUUGAGUGUGAUGAAGACGCAAAGUUUAUUUCGAAACGAAUAAAAAAAUUCCAAUGUUUAUGUACAGAUAAAAGGCAUUCCCCAGAGUUAAAUGAUCAGUGCUACAAUUCCAUCUCAUUUUUGAGGGGGGUGGGGAAUAAAUUCUGAGGAUGGAAGUCUCAAUCAAGGAGAAUGAAACACAUUUAUUUGAUGAUCAUUGUGUUAAAUCGUUUGGUGACGAUACAGCGGUACGAACUCAAGAUUUCAUAAAUGAGACCCGUUUCGCUUGCGAUUGUUGUAAUAAAGCAUUUCCCCAGAAAAGUGACUUAAAUGACCAUGUUUGUACUCCUAUGAAUGAAAAACUUUAUUCUUGUGAUGCAUGCGGUAAAGGAUUUUCUCGGAUAAAUUAUUUAAAACAACACGCUCGAAUUCAUACAAAUGAAAAAGUUUAUUCUUGUGAUGCAUGCAGUAAAAAAUUCCUUCGGAAAUUUCAUUUAAACCAGCAUUUAUUUUCUCAUACAAAUGAAAAAUUAUACUGUUGUGAUGUGUGCAGUAAAGGAUUUUCUCAGAAAAAGUAUUUAAAUCAACAUUUACGUAUUCAUGCAAAUGAAAAGGCUUAUUCUUGUGAUGAAUGCUGUAAAAGAUUUUCUCAGAAAGCUCAUUUAAAUCAGCACAUACUUACUCACACAAAUGAAAAAGCUUACUCUUGUGAUGUGUGCAAUAAAGGAUUUUAUCGGAAAGCUCAUUUAAAUUUACACUUGCUUACUCAUACAAAUGAAAAACCUUAUUCAUGUGAUGUGUGCAAUAAAGGAUUUGCUCAGAAAAAUCAUUUAAAUCAACACUUGCUUACUCAUACAAAUGAAAAACCAUAUUCUUGUGAUGUGUGUAAUAAUGUGUUUUCACGAAAAAAAAAUUUAAAUCAGCACUUGCUUACUCAUACAAAUGAAAAGCCUUAUUCUUGUAGUGUAUGCAAUAAAGAAUUUUCUCAAAAAAAUAAUUUAAAUCAACACCUUCGUACUCAUACGAAUGAUAAACCUUAUUCUUGUGAUGUAUGUAGUAAAGGAUUUUCUCGGAAAAAUCAUUUAAGUCAACAUUUGCGUACGCAUACUAAAGAAAAACCUUAUUAUUGUGAUGUAUGCAGCAAAGGUUUUUCUCGGAAAGCUUAUUUUAAUCAACAUCUGCUUACUCAUUCAAAAUAAAAAUGUAUGAUGAUCAAGCUAAUCUAUGCAAUAAAAAUUUCUGAAAAACUAUUUUAGAUGAAUGUUAUCGAAUUCACACCAAUGCAAGUUUUAUUGUUGCCAUCUAUGCUGAAAAGAAUUUUCUCAUUAAAAUAAUUUUAAUCAACACAUCUUGCGAAUAAUUCUUGUGAAAGAAAAUUUUUUUUGUUCAUUGUCAAACAUUUUCUAAAAAAAAAAAAAAAAAAAAAGAUCUUAAAUGAUUAUUAGCGUGUUCAUACAAGUUGAAAAACAUUUUUUCCGGUUGCUAUUAAUAUUUAAGAAUUUUGCCACGCUGAAUAUUUAAAUGAAUAUUAUAUGGAGGAAGUCCUGGAUAUGCACUGAGUUUUAGUUAUGAGCUUUUAUAAAAAUUUUCAUUAAAAUAAAAUUUGCAUUAUUCGGGUGUGUGGUGAUUCUAGAUUGAAUGUUACCGACGAAAUCUCUGAAAAUAUUUUUGUUUCCGACAAAUGACGCAAUAUGUCAAACGGCUGUUUUAAUUGUCUUGGAUUUAAGAAUUGGCCAUUUCUUCAUUUUCGAUAAAUAUCUUCUUCGCGGUUGCAGGUUGUCUUUCUUUUCUGUUCAUUGAUCAGAAUGAAUCAAGAAAAGGCGACGUAACUUUUCUUUCCGUGAAACCGUGAGAUACUGCAGCUGUGUUUCAUUUCAAAGUGAUUUGACUAAACAACUAUCUACUUUUGAAGAAUAAUAUUCCAGGAAUUUUACUGAUGAAAAAUUUGUCUUUUAAAUAUGAGCCUUGAUAUGUAUAGUUCGUUAAAAAAGUAUCUUAACACAUUUGUAAUUUAUUAAUGUGAAAAUGAAGUAAAAAUAUUUCAUUAAAUCCUUUCUAAAUAUGUGCAAAUUACAUUUGCGUAAAGAGCUGUUUUUAUAUUUAUUUUC